ACCGCGCGGGGGGUGGAGGAAGAGGCCUCGCGCAGAGGAGGGAGCAAUUGAAUUUCAAACACAAACAACUGCACGAGCGCGCACCCACCGCGCCGGAGCGUUGCCCCCUAUCCGCGCCCGCCCCGUCAGUGCGGCGCGCGGGCGGAGACGCCGUGGCCGCGCCGGAGCUCGGGCCGGGGGCCACCAUCGAGGCGGGGGCCGCGCGAGGGCCGGAGCGGAGCGGCGCCGCCACCGCCGCACGCGCAAACUUGGGCUCGCGCUUCCCGGCCCGGCGCGGAGCCCGGGGCGCCCGGAGCCCCGCCAUGUCGCGAUCCAACCGGCAGAAGGAGUACAAAUGCGGGGACCUAGUGUUCGCCAAGAUGAAGGGCUACCCACACUGGCCUGCCAGGAUUGACGAGAUGCCUGAGGCUGCCGUGAAAUCAACAGCCAACAAAUAUCAAGUCUUUUUUUUCGGGACCCAUGAGACGGCAUUCCUGGGCCCCAAAGACCUCUUCCCUUACGAGGAGUCCAAGGAGAAGUUUGGCAAGCCCAACAAGAGGAAAGGGUUCAGCGAGGGGCUGUGGGAGAUCGAGAACAACCCUACCGUCAAGGCUUCUGGCUACCAGUCCUCCCAGAAGAAGAGCUGCGUGGAAGAGCCGGAGCCUGAAGCCACAGAGGGCGAUGGCGAUAAGAAGGGGAAUACGGAGGGUAGCAGUGAUGAGGAAGGGAAGCUGGUCAUCGACGAGCCAGCCAAGGAGAAGAAUGAGAAGGGGGCACUGAAGAGGAGAGCAGGGGACCUGCUGGAGGACUCCCCUAAACGUCCCAAGGAAGCAGAAGACCCUGAAGGGGAGGAGAAGGAGGCAGCCAUCUUGGAGAGUGAGAGGCCCCCCGCCGUGGAGGUGGAGAACAGCACCCCCUCCGAGCCCGGCUCUGGCCGGGGGCCUCCCCAGGAGGAAGAGGAAGAGGAAGAGGAGGAAGAGGCUGCCAAGGAAGACGCUGAGGCCCCAGGUGUCAGAGAUCAUGAGAGCCUGUAGCCACCAAUGUUUCAAGAGGAGCCCCCGCCCCGUUCCUGCUGCUGUCUGGGUGCUACUGGGGAAACUGGCCAUGGCCUGCAAACUGGGAACCCCUUUCCCACCCCAUCCCACUCUCCUCUUCCACUUACUUUCCCCACUCCAAGCCCAGCCCCUUGAGAUUGACUUAGGUGGGGCAGGCUAGCUGGCUCUUACCUCCAGGUCCCUAUACCCCUGUGAUCUGAGUCAGGGUCAUGUCUUCUGCUCCCAGACAAGAUGAGGCCAUUGUGUACCUUCCUGCUUGGAGCUGUUUCCUAGGGAUCUGUUGGGGCCUGAGCCAGCUGUUCCCAACUCCUGAUAUCCCCCUCUCCCUCCUCCAAGCAUUCUGGACCUUCAGGUUGGAAUCAGGGCUCAGUAAUGGAAGGGAUGUAGCAUAAAUAGCAGAGUGGGCUUCUGGGGCCCGGGAGGGGUAAUCCUCAAAUGGGGGGGAGGGGGCAGGAGGGUGGCAUCUUCUUGAGCUCCUGUCCCCUCUGCCCACACAUAUUAUCCCAGCUGCCUAAAUUCAGGGAAAGUGGGACAGCUUGUGGGGGAGGGGCUCCCUUCCAUACAUCCCUGAUGUUUGACAACCCCCAUUCUUUUUGCUGACCCCAGGAAUUCUGGGAGUUGUAGUUCAUCAUCGAAAGAUUUUGGGGCUUCCAAGUUGUUUGGGCCAAGGACCUGAGAUCCGAAGGGCUGACUUCACCCAUUUGGGUGGGAGUGUUGAGGAGCAUCUGUCCCCCUCUAGAUCUCUGGGGCCAGAGAUGGGAUUCCCUGGGGAGACCCCAUCUGCCCUUUCCUUCCCCCACAGUGCUCAAGGCCAGCCUACAGUCAUAUAUAUCACCCAGACAUAAAGGAAAAGACACAUUUUUUAGGAAAUGUUUUUAAUAAAAGAAAAUUUCAAAAAAAAAUUUUAAAGACCCCUAACCCUUUGUGUGCUCCCCAUUCAGCUCCUUUCUUCCCCACCGUUGCCCCCAUUUCUGAGGUGCACUGGGAGGCUCCCCUUUUGUUUGGGGCUUGAUAACUUUCUUUUUGUAGCUGGGGCUUUGGUGUUCCUUCCAGUGUCAUUUCCCAUUCACAUACCCCCACCUGGUCCCUUCAGUGUUGUCACUAGAUCAGAUUUGUAACCCACUGAGAGGACAGGGAAAUAAGUGCCCUCUCCCAACCUCUUCCUAGUGGUCUCUAUGCCUCUCUUCCGUCUCGUCUCUUUUACCCUAGCCCCUCUCCCUUGGGCUCUGAUGAAAAAUUGCUGACUGUAGCUUUGGAAGUUUAGCUCUGAGAACCGUAGACAAUUUCAGUUCUAGGAAAAUAAAACCCGUUGAUUACUA